AUGCUUUUACAUAUAUUCAGCUCUGUCCUCUUCAUCGCGCAAGCCAUAGCUUUGCCCCAACCAGCAAACACAUCCGUCAACCCUAAUGCCAUCACCAACACCACAUGCACAGCCCCUGGCGUAACGCUAAACAGUCACAAUAUCAACGUCGCCAUCCUCGGAAUCUGCGGCGGAAUCGCAGGCAAAAUCGAACAAUGCCAGGGCGCGCCCACGACGACCAGUGGCGCCUCGGGCGAUGCGCGCUUCAAUCUGCAGGUUGAGACCCCAGGGACAACGAUUAUUGUUACCAAGGGGCGUUGGGAAGGGUGUGUUCGUGCGGCGAGGGCUGUUUGUGGAGAUAGUCCGUUCUCGAGUACGUGUAUUGGAGGCGCGAAUGAUAAUAAGGAUAAUGUCUUGUUUCAGCUGGUGAAGCAAUGA